UUGUCUGAAAUUGACAAAAUAAUUUUUAACAGAAACAAUUAACAAGCUGAAAAUUUCCAAAUUCUUUAGCGUUUCGCUUUUUUGAGCAAUGAGCUCUAAAAAGUGUAACAAUGAAAAACUUCCAGAUGGUUGGGUUCUAUGUUCCUCCAAAUCUAAUCCAGGUAGAAAGUAUUACUUUAAUAAAAAAACGGGUAAAUCUUCAUGGACGCAACCUCAGCCAUCUAGCAGCCCAAGUAAAAAAAUGAAUAAAAAGGAGAAACAUAAACUCGCAGAAAGGAAAAGGAAAGAAGAAGCCCAUAAAAAGGAAAAGUGUUCCAAAAGGAAAAGUGAUGGAGAUGUAGAUUACUCUUUAAAGAGAAAAUAUCAAGAAUCAAAAGAUCAAACAAGAGAAUCAUUUUAUUCUAAAGAAAAUCCCACUGAAAAGCCACAUACAGUUACAAGUGAGAAACAAUCGCCAUCAAAAUGUCCAGACAAUUCCAACUAUUUGAAGUGUACUCCCACCAAAGGCACAGAUUCUUCAAAGAAACUCAAAAAGAAUAUAGCUAACACAAGGCUUUCCCAACUCAGAGCUAGGUUAUCUAAGGAAGCUGAAAAUGAAGAAGUUACAAGCCCCUCGCCAUCUAAAAAGAAAGUGUGUGCAAAUGAAUCGAUGGCUAAACCGAAGUGUGAUAAAAGCCCCACAAAUGAUUCAAAAUUGAAUCAAUCGCCAAACAACGACAGUUUACAUUCCAUUCCAUCCCCAUCACAGUUCUUUGCAGCGAAUAAAAUUAUUUCGUCGAUGAAAGCUCAAUUACCUGAAGAGUAUUGUAACAAAGAUAAACAGAAGGACACAUUUGCUGAUAUAGAGAAGGGUAUAUGCAGUCAGACGCCAGAAUAUCCGUUUUCAAAACAUCCGGCUACCCCUCCACAGUUUUCUGAAGCUAGUAAACUUGUAUCGGCUAUAAAGUCCAAGCUUGCAUAUAAAGUUUCAACAACAAAAGACACCAAGACAUAUUCUUCAGCUAAAGACAGGAUGGAGACCUUGAGAGCCAAUUUGAGUUCCGAUCUAGAGUCAGAUGCUUCUUUUAAUAAGACAAAUGAUUCUUUUUUUAAUAACAGUGAUCUGGAUACAAGUAAUUUAGAGGCAAUGGACGUUGAGGAUUUUAGGGAGGUCAAAGAGAACACAUCAAUGAGAUCACAAGCUACUAGCAAUGAAAACAAUGUUGUUCUUGUUGUUGAUACAAAUAUAUUUAUACAUGAGCUGGAUACCAUUAAAGAUGUGUUGAAUUCACAUUUAAAAGGUUACAAAGAACAACCAACGUUACUAGUCCCAUGGCGGGUGAUUAACGAAUUGGACCGUCUGAAAGAUAAUAAUAAUGGCAAUGGAGCAGUGUGUAAAAGGGCUAAAGCUGCUAUGGAUUAUCUGUAUAAAUCACUGCCAGAGAAUAGCCGCAUUAAGGGACAGUCCCUACGGGAUGCAAACUCGCACAUCUACCCGUGCGAAAUUCCUGAUGACGAGAUAUUGAAUUGUUCACUGCAGCAAGUUGAGCGCGGCAAAAAUGUGCUGCUGGUGUCGAACGACAAGAACCUGUGCACGAAGGCGCAGAUAAACGGCGUGCGGCACAUGGGCGUGGUGGCCGUCGUGGCGCUGCUGGAGCGGCAGCCGCAGCCCGCCGCCGCCGCGCUGCACGCCGCCUUCGUGCGCAUGCGCGACGCCGUCUUCCCGCUGCUCGCCAACAUACUGGAGAACGAAAUGCGUGCGAAAUACGACAACCUGUGGCAGUACGUGCUGUUCAAAGCCCCACCCUGGACCCUGGACGACGUGCUGCAGUGCCUCCUGAAGCACUGGAUAGCGGUGUUCAGCGAAGUGUUCCCGCGGAUAGAACAACUCAUCACCGACCUGAGGAGGAGCCUCACGUCGCUGCAGAGUAAAGACCCCAAAACAGUGACGCAAUCAGAAGUGACGACAUUCAAAGAGCUCUGUAUAGACGUGGCUCGCCGUUGCCAGAUCAUUCCCGAAUACAUGCAGUUGGCGAAAACGUGCGCCGAGCGAUUGUUGCGCGACUGUUGCGAGGAGGGCAACACCGACGCCGUGGUCGACGUGUUCGAGGACGUGUGGACGGUGUGCUCUAGUUAUUGCGCUAAACUGGCAACAUCGGUGGGCGUUACCCACAACAUAGAGGACAAGAUACCGGGCGAGGAAUGCGUGCAAGCGCUCACUUCCAAAUGGAGUUUGUUUGCUAGCAACAUUGACGCGAUCGCACACGCUAUUUAUGGUGUACUAAGCAGUGAUGAGAACAGCUCCAGCAUGGAGGAGGCCCUCGCGACCCUGGAGAGGGCCUUCGGGGAGGUGCUGGGGUCCGCGGGCGUGAACAAGGCGGUCGGCAAACAGGAGCUCAGGGUGUUCUGCACUAAAUGCAGAAACAUGCUGCAAGAGGCGUCCAGUAAAUUCUCUCAACUGAGUGACCUGUUAGUUAUAUGCAACAAUAGAUUAUCCAAUUAGUAUCGUUCUAAGUACAGUCGCGGACACAAGUGCUUUUAUAUAAAUAAAUAAUUUAGUAUGUUUUUUUUGUGGUGAAAAUUGAAAUAAAUCGUGUAUGGUUUAUGAGGUAAGUGGAAUGCUUUUUGUGGUAUGUAGUUGAUGUUUUUUUUUUGUUUGUUUGUUAAUUUUAUUUUCGGUUUUUUAUAUUUGCACACUCUAGGUAGAAUGUAUUAGCUUAGCCACAUAAUAUUGUAAUUGUAACAUCUAUAAUUUCUAAGUAUAUUCAUGCAAAUGAAUAUAAUUAAUUUGAAUUUUUGAAUUUCAAUUUUGAAUCUUUUUUUUUAUGUGAUUUGGGCUG